AUGGCACCAUUUGAAGCAUUAUAUGGAAGGAGGUGCAGGUCACCUAUUGAAUGGCUAGAAGUGAAAGAAAGGAAACUCUUAGGGCCUAAGUUGGUGCAGGACGCCACCGAGAAAAUAUGUAUGAUUUGUCAAAGGAUGUUAACAGCACAAAGUAGACAAAAGUUCUAUGUUGAUAACAGACGGAGGGACUUGGAAUUUCAAGUGGGAGAUCAUGUCUUUUUUAAGGUCUCACCAACGAAAGGGAUAAUGAGGAAGCACAACCCGGAUCCAUCACAUGUAAUACGGUAUGAAACCAUCCAGCUGAACAAUGAUCUAACCUAUGAGGAGCAACCGGUAGCUAUGCUUGAUAGACCAGUCAAAAAGCUUCGUUCAAAGGAGAUAGCCUUAGUGAAGGUGUUAUGGCAAAACCACACCAGCGAAGAGGUAACAUGGGAAGCUGAGGAGGAGAUGCAGAUAAAGCAUCCACACCUCUUUAAUAUGUAG